AUGAUUGUUAGUGAAAAAGAAUAUGCUGUUGAGUGUUGGACCGGGGAGAUGUCGGCCCUCCUCGCCAAGUCCCCGGCGCAUGCCGCCAAACUCUGCCACGAAUACGAGAAUGUUGUCAUGGUAUACUACAUUCCAAAGAAAGGCAUCGAGCAGACAAAACGAUUCAAAGUUCGUCCGGACGAUGUGUAUAUCAUCAGUUAUCCCAAAGUAGGAACUACGUGGCUCCAGCAGAUUGCAAUGUUGGUAAGGCUUGAAGGGGAUCUCUCAUUCUUCGAAGGGAAGCAUAUCAUCACGAUGGUUCCUUUCUUGGAAAUUUGCACUUUACCGGACAUGACCGCGUACAAAGACAAGGAAGAGAUAAUGUCUGGACCGACAGGUGUUGAAAUGGCAGACGCUAUGCCAACCAAUACACCUCGGAUACUAAAAACACACGUGGUCCCAAGAUGGCUCCCUGACGGACUCAAAGAUAAUCCUCCAGCGAAGGUGCUGUACAUGGCUAGGAACCCAAAGGAUACGGCUGUUUCUGGCUAUCAUUUCUGUCAACUGGUCAAGCCACUUCCGACGUAUACGUGGCAUGAAUUCUUUGAGGAGUUCAUCGCAGAUAGAGCUUUUUACGGUUCUUGGUUCGAGCACACGCUUUACUGGUGGAAGCUCAGGAAUCAUCCCAAUGUUCUCUUUCUCAAGUAUGAAGACAUGAAACAAGACCCGAGGAAAGCCGUGAUUCAGAUCGCCGAGUUCAUGGGGAAAUCUUUACCAAACGACAUCAUUGACCGUAUCGUCGAAGCAUCAAGUUUCAAGUUCAUGAAGAGUAAUGAGAGCAUGAACCCAGAUGUCGCUUUCAACAAGCUUGUGGACCUCACAAAGGAGAAGUCAUUCAUGCGAAAAGGUAUGGUUGGAGAUUGGAAGAAUUACUUCACAGAAGAUCAAAAUCAUCGAUUUGAUAAACUCUACGAGGAAAAAAUGUCCGGAUCUGGACUUGAAUUUGGAUUCGAAUGA